AUGAAUUUUGAUAGUAGAAAAGAUGCUUCUGAUCAACUUAUGGAAGCACUGAAAGAUGAUGGGGUUACAAUGAUUGGGUUAUACGGGAUGGGGGGCUGUGGUAAAACCACAUUAGCAAUGGAAGUUAAGAAGAUAGCACAAGCUGAGCACCUUUUUGACACAGUUAUUUUUGUUCUUGUGUCUAGUACAGUAGAAGUUUCAAGGAUUCAAGACAAAAUUGCAAGUUCAUUGCAGUAUCCAUUUCCAGAAAGCCAAGAAAUGGAAAGAGCCCAACGCUUGUGCAUGAGAUUAACCGAGAAAAAAAAAAUUCUUAUGAUUCUAGAUGAUGUGUGGGAACCACUUGAUUUUGGUCGCAUAGGGAUUCCCCUCUCUGAAUACCAUAAAGGCCGCAAGAUUCUCAUUACCACUCGAUCUGAAGAAGUUUGUAUUUCAAUGGAUUGUCAAAAAAAGAUUUAUCUACCCAUCUUAAGUGAUGACGAAGCAUUGUCUCUCUUCCAAGAGAAAGCACUUAAGUCGAAAGACACUCCUGAAAACAUAAAGCGUUUGGCAAUAUCAAUAUCAAAAGAAUGUAAAGGAUUGCCUAUUGCCAUUGUAGCUGUUGCUAGUAGCUUGAAGGGAAAACAAGAGGUCCUAUGGCAUGCUGCGUUGAAUAAAUUGAGAAGUUCUAAGCCGAUCAAUAUUAGUAUGGGUUUGCCAAAUCCCUAUAUGUGUCUAAAGUUGAGCUACGAUAAUCUAGAUACUGAAGAAGCUAGAUCACUUUUCCUAUUGUGUUCUGUAUUCCCCGAAGAUUAUGAGAUUCCAGUGGAAUGUUUAAUAAGAUGUGCAAUAGGGUUAGGUGUGGCUAGAGUAGUUGAAACAUAUGAAGCGACAAGGAUUGAACUGACUGAACCCAAAAUCAAGCUUGUAAGUUCUUGUUUAUUGUUGGAGGCGGAUGAUAAACAUGUCAAAAUGCAUGACUUGGUUCGUGAUGUAGCCCAUGGGAUAGCAAAGAAUGAAAAUAAGAUCAUCAAGUGUGAAGUGGAAAAGGAUGUAAGUUUGGAGCAAGGUUCGAUAAGAUAUCUAUGGUGUGUGAAAUUUCCAGAUGAUGUGGAUUGUUCCAAUCUUGAAUUUUUAACUAUACAAACAAAAUCAGAACUAUCUGAUGGAAUUUUUGAAAGAAUGGGAAAACUUAGAGUUUUGAUUAUUACCAAUAAAAACGACGAUAGGUUGCAGUUGUCAACAACGUCUUUCAAAUCAUUAACAAAUCUCCAUUGUCUGAUCCUUCAACAAUGGAAUUUGAGAGACAUUUCAUUUGUGAGAGAUAUGAAGAAACUGCAAAGUCUUUCGUUUCAUGGUUGUUCAUUGCCUUCAUUCCUUGACUUGCAAACUGAUGUUGCACUCACAACACUUACAGACUUGAAGUUGUUAGAGUUUAAAAGUUGUGACAUUGAAAGCAAUAUUUUUGAAGAGAUCAAAAGAAUCCCAUUUCUAGAAGAAUUGUAUAUUUUUAAAGACUACCGGAAUGAUCAAAAGGAAGAAAGUGUUAAAUUCUCUAACUCACUUAGUGUCCCUAAAAAGCUGCAAAGGUAUGGAAUUAUAUUAGAAUAUGAUUUUCAUACUUAUUAUAGAUUUCUAGAGUUUUUCACUUGUGAGAGAACUUUAGGAAUUAAUUAUUUUGACAUAUCAAAUGAGGUUGUUAAAGGUUUGGCCAAAAAAGUAAAAGAGUUAUUUGUAGGAAAUAUUAAGGGAGGUGCAAAAAAUAUGAUGCCUGAUAUAUUUGAAAUUGAAGAUGGUAUGAAUGAGUUGAAAGAUCUGACGAUAUAUGAUUGUGAAGAAAUAGAGUGUUUGAUUGACACUAGCAAUCAUUUAAGUAAGAUGGAAAAUAUUUUUUCCAAGUUACGUUAUAUGCAGAUCAGGGACAUGAAUCAUCUAAAAACUUUAUGGCAUGGUUGUCUACCUGCCAAUGGGUCUUUUGAAAAAUUAGAGAAACUAUCUAUAUUUGAUUGUGAACAAUUAACAUGUCUCUUCACAAUUGACAAAACAAAGGAAAAUGAAGAUCAAUUUACAAUUGGGCAUUCCAUGCAAUUCAAAAUUUUCCAGAAUCUUCAAGAAGUGAUUAUAAUUGGAUGUAAAGAAUUAAAACAUGUAUUCACAGCCAAUAAUAUCACAGGAGGCCUAACUCAAUUGAAAAAACUUGUAAUUGGAGAUUGCAAUAUGUUAGAACAAAUAAUUGAGGAAGUUCUUCCACCAGCACACUGCGAAGAAACAAACGAAAUUGUGAGCAAUAGCUCAGGAUCGUUUUCUCUGUCUAACCUUGAAUUCCUUGAAAUAUAUUCAUGUUCAAUGCUGGAUUCAUUGUUUACAACAUCUGUAGCUAAGACCUUGACUUCAUUGGAAGAAUUGGAAAUAUGUAUCUGUGAUGGUUUGAAGCAUGUAGUUACUCCUGAAAGAGUGAAAAAAAAUAAAAAGGAAAACAUGGUUGAAGAUAAGCAUGAAUUCAAGAGUGAUCUUUCAAUGUUCUCAAGUUUGAAAAGGGUAACUAUUUGGCAUUGUAAUUCGAUGCAAGAUAUAUUCGCAAUGCCUUUUGUUGGAGGCGUGGUGAAUAUUCAGAAUCAUUUUCCCACUCAUCAAACUCUAAGCAUGAGCAAUGCCAACAAUGGAGAUUGGAUGAUGGGACAACAAGUCAGUUUAAAGUUAGAAUAUUUGAACUUGUUUGGUCUACCUAAAAUGACUCGUAUUUGGGUCAAUACCAAUAACUCAUUUACUCUCCAGCAUCUCAACUCAUUAAUAAUAAAAGAGUGUGAAAAAUUGGAAGUGAUAUUUCCUCAAUUUAUGCUACAAUCCUUACCAGAUUUGAGUCAUAUACGACUAAGAAAAUGCGAGGAAUUAAGACAGAUAAUUGAAGAGGAUUUGGAGGAUAAAAGGUUUAUUCAACCAUGCUUUCCCAAACUACAAUCAUUAUUUAUUGAAGAAUGCCAUAAGUUGAAAUGUUUCGCCUCUGUAUCUGCAUCCAAUGAUCUUUCCAACUUGAAGAUUCUAAUCAUAAAGGAAGCCACUGAACUACAAGAGUUUAUUGCAUGCGAAUACGAUGAGACUGGGAAGACCAAAGUUCAACUUCCACAAUUGAAAGUUAUAAUAUUUAUGCAUCUUUCAAAUUUUCACCAAGAGACUAUAUUUUCAAAUGUGAAGCAUCGCAUUAUCCGCAAUUGUCCAAAACUCUCUUUGACUUCAACAACUACUCCUCAAGAACUCCAACAAAAUCUUCAUUUGGAAGGUUUGGGAAACUCUAAAAUUUAUCGUAGGGUGAUUUCGCAACUAAUGUAUGAAAUAGAGAAAUUAGAUGAAGUUUCUACAAACAACAAUUCUACUGAGGUGCCUUCUUCACAGAUUAAAGAAGAAUCAGAUAAGAAAUUUAUCGAGAAAGAUUAUGGUUCAAAGGAAGUGGCUCCUGCAACUUCAAUAAAUUUAGAGGUGGAUGGAAAGUCUAAUUGUGAAACAUAUUCACAGGAGUUGGUCGGUGCAAAAUCAACCACUGGAUCAUACUUGACAGACCAACAAAACCCACUUGGACAAACUCAAAGUACCGUCAAAAUGACAUCAGACCCACAAGCUAUGGAGCAAAACUUUCCAGUCAUUUCUUCUCCAAACAUGACUCAGCGUACUCAUCAAACAGAGGCAAACAAUAUUGGAAAAACUACGACAUCAGAUAAACUUGCAAUACCGACUUCUGCUUUAGAGUUGGUGCACAAAGAAUCAAACAACGAAACAGGUUUUCCAUACCAACAUGCACUCGGAGAAACAAUGAAUAUUGAGGAAAUAGGAAGACAGAGGACCAAAGAUGGACCUCUAUCAGAGGAAGCUGCAAUUAAAACUCGUAAGCCAAACGAGGUUACUCGAGCUUCUACAGAUAUUCGUACAAGAUUGGAAGAGUGUAAGCAUUUUGCUGAUCUCAAUGAUUCACGAAUUUCUUUAUUAGUGGAGGCAAUAUCAGCAUAUCCACAUCUUUGGAAAGCUUGUGAGAAGUUUAGCGAUCGCUUUCAAGCUUUGAUGUUGAAAACAUUGACAGAUAUGUUGUUGUUUCUUCGAAGUGAAAGUGUUGGUAGUGUUAAUCCUGAUAAAGAAAAAGAGUUCCUUAAACUAUGUGAUGAAGCUGUUCAACUCGGAUUUGAGAAGUCGUGGGUUGAUGAAAUGCGUCAACGUGUUGUGGGAAGGGAUUCUAAGUUGGACCAUGCUAAGACGAGAAUUGGUGAUCUUCUUAAGAGACACGCUCAUUUAACUCAAGAACUAAACAAUAUGAAGAUAGAACUUGUGAGUCUCCAUGACUAUUUUGAUGUUCCUACAAAAUGUUUCGACUUUUUGUGA